AAUAAGGCUAUGUUAAAUGCAUUUGGAGUCCUAUUUUUAAGAGAAGUUAAAUGGAGCCCUCUAGUCUCCUGUUACUCAAAAGUUUGCCCACAUAAUCAACCCUGGGAGCUUAUUAGAUAGAAAUGCAAAAAUCUUAGACCCUGCCCCAGAAUCUGCAUUUUAACUAGAUCCCAAUGUGGUAUGCACAAAAUUUUUGGAAAAACACUGUUCUAGUCCAUUCUCUUGUUUUAUUUAUGGAGGGAGGAACUGGUCAUUCAUUUUUUCAAAUAUUUUGGUCACUUCUGUGCCACAGGGCUCAGAAUUAGAACCUUACUUUGGGUAUGUCUAAAAUUAGGGGAGAGAUGACUUCAAAAUGAGUCUUCAAAGUUAGGCAUAGGGUCCUUUGAGACACAAGCAUUUAGGUCUAGGAGGACUUCUCAGGUUUGCCAGGUCAUGGAGAAGAAUAGCAUUUCAAGCAGAAGGGAGCCAGCAUAUGGGAAGACCAUGGAAGUAUGAAAGAUGUUAUGCAGAGUGUAAGAUCCUAAUGAGGGAGAGAGAAGUGAGAGGUUGGAUUUUUAAAGUUUUGCUUUUGUCAUAAAGGUAAUAAUGAUAGCCCAUAUCCACUGAAUGCACAGUGCCAGACAUGAGUCCAAAUAUUUUAUUCAACUAAUCUUCAUAAUAAAUCCAUAUGAAUAGGUACCGAUAUAUGUCCAGCUUUAUAAAUACAGAAACAAGCAUGGAGAAGAAGUCACAAAGCAAAUGCAACCAGCAUUCAAAUCCUGGUAGUCAAGGGAGGACAGGGAUUCAAGAAUGCGGGGCUGGAGUGAUAGAUAUAGCAAUGACAAAUAGAGGUCAAGUUUCCUAAGAGCAGAGAAAUCCCCUUUGGAUUUGACUAUUGCAUCAGUGGUGAGUUCAGCAAAUGCAAUUUUAAUUGAAAGGUGUGCACACAUGUCAGAUGAACAUGGGGUUUAUAAGUACAACCAGUAAGGAAAGAAUCACUUGGAAGUUUGAAAGGAAGAAGAAAUUUUCUGAAUGUAGUGGGAAGUGGGCCUCUGCCACUUCACUUAAUGCCAAGUCAACUAUGCUAAACUCCAUAAAAUGGGACUAAUACCUCAUAGGGUUGUGAGGAUUAAACAAGAUUAAGGUCUAUGAAGUACCUGAAACACAGUACAUAGUCUAUAAAAUGGUAUUAAGGUUGAGGGAGGAUUUGUUUUUAAGGAUGAGAAUGUUUAUAGUUUAAGAAGCUACAGUCAAGAGAUUGAAAAUGAAAUGGGUCUAUACAGACUGGAAAGCCAAGGAAACCUGCUUGGUCUGGAGCUCACCCACUUCUCGAAUUAGAAAAGAAGCAACCCCCAGCCAAUUUCUAUGUGAAGGAGCUUAGAAACAUCAAGUUUUCUAAAGUGGGUGCUAAGGAAGCUUUCUGCCUUAAAGCCAAGUGUGCCUACCAAGCAUAUUCCCUCCACUUAACCUAUCUAGGAGUGUAGGGUGAGAGGUGAUUUGGGAAGGGAGCUGAUGGAGGUUAUGAGUAACACUCAAGCCACUACCAACUCCCCUGGCGCAGAUACUAUCUAGGGGCGCUCUGGAUACCCCAGAGCCCCGUCUGGGUUUUCUUAACGUUUGUCCCGUUUGUCCGUGACUGUCCCGUGCGGUUUUUCCUCUACGUGAGGCUUCGCGUGGGGCCUCCAAGUAUGUGACGACCUCCUCGCCCCGACCCAACCCGACCCGACCCGCUUCACUGGAGACAAACCUGGCGAGAGUGAGACGUCUCCUAGCAACCGGCUGCCGCUAGACUCCGCCUUGGGCAAGAAGAGGCCGCGAUGGACCAGCCAGUCGUCGCCAUCACCGCCGCCGCAGUCAGGGACGAACUGCGGCGCAGCAAUCCGUUGUUCCCCACCACGAAACCAAUCCGGAAGACAUCAUCUUUUGAAAGAGAAGGAUGGUGGAGAAUAGCAUUAACAGAUACUCCUAUACCUGGCACCUACCACUUGAAAACUUUUAUUGAAGAGUCCCUGUUAAAUCCCGUGAUAGGAACCUACAAUUUUAAAAAUGAAGGAAGGAAAAAACCACCUCUUAUACAAAGAAACAACCCAGUACUAAAUGAUAUUCCCCAGUACAUGCCUCCUGACUUCCUGGACUUGUUAAAGAAGCAAACGACUACUUACUCAUUUAAAGACAAAGCACGGUCAAGUCCCAGCACACUGGUUUACAAAGAUCAGUCCGUUCAGCUUUCACCAGGGCAAUAUGAGAUACUUCCUGCACCAGUUCCUAAGCAUGCUUCCAGGGACUUUGUAUUUCGUUCUACAGUUCAAAGAUUCCCAACAGGCUGCUUCAUUCCUCAUGAGGGUCCAGGACCAGGUCAUUAUAAUUUGAAAAUACCUGCAACAAAUUCUAUUACUUCUUGUUUUCAAUCCAGAGUACCUCGAUUCUUGCCCACCUGUUCAAAAACCCCAGGCCCAGGAGCAUACACAUCUUCAAACCAAUUCCCCAAGCAGCCUCGAAGCAUAGCUAAGAUGGGCCGAGAACAUAGCCUUUUCUUCAACAACACAAUUGGCUUUUAA